CUCCUUCUUGCUCCAACUCCAUUCGUUAUUGGUGUGCCGGCGUCGUUCUUUGCCCACAAGAGGAUCAAGGAAGUGCCCAGCGAUGUCAUUCUAGUAGAUUUAGACGCUAAUCACAUAACUGUGCCUGAUGAGCUGUUCAUCCCGAGCUUACCCGAGCCGGAUGUUUCAACGUUGAAGAAUAGUCUUCAUGCUGCUCUGAGCAGAAUGAGCAUGACGAUGAACGAUGAACGACGUGGCAGUGUGGAAGCUUCAUACGCUGUAGAUGCUGACAUUGUUGACGUCUCUUGCAGAGUUGCCAUGGUCAAGUUCUUCAACUCUCCCAACGUCUUUGGAGAUUUCUCGGAACAUACGAGAACUCUUCGAUUGUAUCCUAGACCAGUGGUUGCUUUGCAGUCUGAGUCGUUUCUAAGGAGUCGACCUCAGUGUACGCAAUUCAUCACCGAGUUGUGCAGGUACGGCUGA